AUGACGAGCUUCGACGCCUACUGUUUCACCACCACCCUCAGCAUGCGCGAGGCCGAACUGGAAGAGAUGGAGAAGAAGAAAGCGCAACAGAACGCUAAUCAGCCAUUCUCUCCAGGCGACUCUACCAAGGGUGCUAAGCUCUUCGAGACCCGCUGCAAGCAGUGCCACACCGUCGAGGCUGACGGCGGCCACAAGGUCGGCCCCAACCUCCACGGUCUCUUCGGCCGCAAGACCGGUGAGGCUGCUGGUUACGCCUACACCGACGCCAACAAGCAGGCUGGCGUUACCUGGGACGAGAACUCUCUGUUCAAGUACCUCGAGAACCCCAAGAAGUUCAUCCCCGGUACCAAGAUGGCCUUCGGUGGUCUUAAGAAGGGCAAGGAGAGGAACGACCUCAUCACCUACCUCAAGGAGUCCACCGCUUAA